AUGGCUCCCAAGGGUGAUGGCAUAGUUAAGUGGACAGACGAGCUUGAGAGUGCUUUCGUUGACAUUAUGGUCGAUAAAUUCCAAAGGACGCAUACAUCAAGUUGGAAAAUGAAGGACUGGAAACAGAUAAGUAGGGAACUGGAAGAGAAAUUCCCAGGUGUGAUUCUUGGCGUCGACAAGGUGAAAACAAAAGCACAAAGGAUGAAGACACAGUACACACAAUUCACAGAGCUGAUUCAGCACACAGGAGUAGGUUGGGAUGGGCCGACUAACACCGUGAAAGCGAAUCCUGAUAUUUGGGACAAGUUUAUCAAGAGGCACAGUAACUUCAGGACUUUUCGGUCAAAAGGAUGCAAACAUUAUGAGGCCUUACAACUGAUCCGUGGCAAAGAGCCUAUCGAUCUUGCAGAAGGAUUCGGCGACAGUGAUGACCCAACUGAUGAAGCUGAGGAACCUGUCGUCACAGGGUCGAGGCGACGAGUGAGAAAGAGAGGUUCAAACAACAAGUCGCAAUUGCAGGAGUUGAUCGACUUGUACAAGGAAAGUAAGGUGAAGAAGGACAAAGCGAAAAAUUCUACCCCUCCGGAGUCAAAGAAGAGCAAGUCAGUGACGAGCCCCGAGAAACCAGCAUAG